UAUAGUUACUCAAUGUUGCUACCAUCACUAUUCAAAUUUGCAUUCGAGAUCUUUUCCUGCAGAAGAAAACCCAAUACUGAAGUGUAUACGUUACUAAACUCCUUUCUUGACAAUUCUGCUAGAUUUGACCGCAAAUUGUUGUUUUCUUCGCAGUCGUGCACUACAAAUAAUGUCAAUGGAUCUGUUGUCCCUUUAGGUAGAACAGUUCACAUAGGUCUUCCGCAUCUGCGUGUAAAAUUACUGAAAAGUUUACUAAGGUUUUGAAAAAAUCCACAGAAGUACUUCAAGGUUUUAUUUAUCAAUUGCAAUAUCUACACAUCGAUACUGUGAACCUAAUUGUUUCUUCUAUAAAUUAUUUUUCAACAUCGGAAACAAAAAAAAAUAUCGAGGAGCGCAACAUACCAGCUGUAUACAUAACGGCAGAGAAGCCACGUCUCCUCAUCGAUAAAUUUGGGUCAGUCUCUAAUGUUUUAGAGACAAAUCUGAAUCAAUAACUCUAAUUAACUGCGCUCAAUAGGUUCGACCCUAUCAGAUCAUGUCUCAAAAGCAAAGUUCUAAUUCAAUCGACCAAUUAAAACUAAUGCUUCCCUAUAAAAACAACUGCUGUGAAAGGAACUGGUGUUAUAGUUGAACAAACGCUUCAGUAAAAAAGGAAUUUCGCAGUGAAUUCAUAAGCUACCAUGAAGCAGGUCUGGAUAAUUGUGAUCUUCAGCUAUGUGGCUUUCGUUGGAAUUACUUCGGGGAAAGGUGUGGAUCUCACUUUUCCCAAAGGUUUUUUAAUCGGGACUGCAACUUCAUCUUAUCAAGUAGAAGGGGCUUGGAACGUCAGCGGAAGAGGCGAAAGCGUAUGGGAUUGGUUCACAAAAACCAAGCCAGAGCGAAUAGCAGAUGGAAGCAACGGAGAUACCACCAGCAAUUCGUACUAUAAAUACAAGGAGGAUGUUAAGUACAUAAAAUCCUUAGGGUUGGAUUAUUACCGAUUUUCAAUCAGCUGGUCACGUAUCCUCCCAACUGGAUACACAAAUCAAAUAAACAAAGACGGAAUCCAGUAUUAUAAAAAUUUGAUCAAUGAACUGUUGGAAAACGGUAUCGAGCCGAUCGUUACAUUGUACCACUGGGAUCAUCCGCAAUUCUUGGAGGAAAUGGGAGGAUGGACUAACGAAAUAAUUGUAGACUUGUUCGUCGAUUAUGCUAGGAUCAUGUUUAAAGCCUUGGGCGAUAAGGUGCAAAGAUGGGUAACGAUUAACGAACCCACCUUAAUUUGCCGUUAUGGUUAUUACGUGAACUCGCUACAAAUAGCACCGGGUAAAGACCUCGGGGAUGUCGGGGUGUAUCUUUGCGGACACAAUAUUUUGAAAGCCCAUGCCAAGACUUAUCACAUGUAUGACAAAGAGUUUCGAGCAACCCAAAAUGGUCAGCUUAGCAUUGCACUCCAAUGCAUGGGAUAUGUUGCAGCGGAUGGCAAUGAUGUAGAUACUGCUUUUCAGUUUGACUGUGGAUGGAUGGCUCAUCCGAUCUAUAAGGGAGAUUAUCCCGAAAUCAUGAAAAGCAGAGUGGCUUUGGUCAGCAAAGCUCAAGGCUACUCACGUUCUCGAUUACCAAGAUUCUCUAAAAAGUGGAUAUCCUACAUCAAAGGAACUUGGGAUUACUUUGCCUUUAAUCAUUACACACCAGUUUACGUUACACGUGAUCCCGACGAACGGAAGGGAAUAUAUAAUUCCGACACUGGUUUGAUAAAUGGUAUUCUUCCUAGCUGGGAGGCAUCCGCCGGUAUUGGUUUUUAUGUCUUGCCUUCCGCCUUUGGUGAUUUGCUUCGCAAGUUGAAAGACGAAUAUGACAACCCACCGGUAUGGAUAACGGAAAAUGGGUGUCCUGAUCACGGAGAAAUUGAAGAUUACAAUCGCAUUAGGUAUCAUUACCUCUAUUUGACGGAAUUAUUGAAAGCGGUCAAACGUGAUGGCUGUAAUGUAAAGGCUUACACUAUUUGGAGCAUCAUUGAUCUCUUCGAAUGGAACUCCGGUUUCACAGUUAAAUUCGGAAUCGUUAGUGUGGAUUUCGAUGAUCCUUCAACACCGAGGAGCCCGAAACUGUCAACGUACUGGUGGAAAAACGUCAUAAAAUCCCGUAAACUUCUGCCGAUACCUACAAACUCGUCGAUGAUGUUGAAAAAAGAAUUUUCCUCUUGUCACGCGAGAUCGGGACCGUUUUCAUGAAUUUCGUUCUUACACGUUUCGAUCAUCUGCAAAUAAAAAUUUCCGAACUUUUAUCAUAUGUAAUUUUACUACGAUCAUUAUCGAAGAAAAUAUUUCAUUAGAAAUGGCGUGACGAGAAAGAAAAACAUCGAAAUCUUUCGAUUUUUCCGGAUUCGAUGGGAAAGAUGAUUGAUUUCAGUAACUGACACUCAGUUGGCAAUUUCUUUAUGAUAAUAUAUAGAUAUUAAAAAAAAAUUAUCCAUCAGAUUCACUUAUGUAUAAUAUUGACGAUAAUCAUGUUACACAUUUGUUAAAAUCGACCAAUGGUAUAAAAUAUUCCCUGAUACCAAGAGAUACUCCUUACAGAACAGGCAUUCGUCUACAUUAUCGGCGAUGGUUAUGUACUUUAUGUUGGAUGAGUAAAUCUUGACAUCAUCGACAGUG